CUGUGAAGAAAAAAAAUCUAUUUUUCUGUCGUGUUCCUUUUUCGUCACGGUGAUUUUUAUUAUUUAUUGUAAUAAAUAUACAAAAAUUUUAAAUAAAAUUUAAGGAAUACAUAAUCCUUUAAUCAUUGGAAAGCUAAAUAAAACAAUAUGGCCUUAAAUUAUGAAGAGAUGAGCUGGAGAGAUGUACGUGACCAUUUCCGCAAGUGGAGGGAAGAUAAUGAACGUCGCAGUGAUGAUGUUAUCCAAUUGUGGGAUGCCGUGCUUGAAGACAAAGUAACAAAGACUGGUAAUGAACGUCAUCUAAUCCUGGAACAGGUCAUACUGGCGGCAUUAGAUACGUCCCGUUUCGAUAUAGCGGGCAAAUGUAUUAAGGAGUUAAGUAAUGAGUUUCCUGGAAGUAUGCGGGUAAUGAAAUUCAAAGCCAUGCGUCUUGAGGCAAUGGAACGUUAUCCUGAAGCUAUUGAAGUAUUAGAUGCAAUUAUUGCCAAAGAUGAAACUAAUGCAGCACCCAGAAAACGUAAAAUUGCCAUACUCAAAGCGAAGGGUCGUCGCGUAGAAUCCAUUAAAGAAUUAAAUGAAUAUUUAAAGAAAUUUAUGUCCGACCAAGAAGCUUGGCAGGAAUUGUGCAGUUUGUAUAUGGCCGAGGGCGAUUAUGUCAAAGCUGCCUUCUGCAUGGAAGAGGUGUUGUUGCACAAUCCUCACAGUCAUUUGAUUCAUCAACGGCUAGCUGAAAUUCGUUACACUAUGGGCGGCAUGGAUAAUAUGGAAGUGGCUCGUACGUACUAUACACAGGCUUUGAAACUUAAUCCAAACAAUUUGCGUGCACUUUAUGGUUUAUAUUUGUGCUGCUGUAGCAUAGCAAAUUCCAGAGCUCUUGGAUCUAAACGUAAAGAAGCACUUAAAGUGGCCCAAUGGGCUUUAGAACAAGCCAAUAAGAGAACAUCGAAGUUGUCAAAGAUUGAAAAUAACGAUAAACUCGUUUCAUCACUUGAAAGUGCUUUUGGCAAUUUGGAAAUAAAAUCCAAUUGACCAGAACGAUGACUAACAGCAAGAGCAUUUAUUUAUAAAAGCCUUUUAUGUCAAUGAAUGUCAUAAUGUUAACUUGUGUGUGUGUGUAGUCUGGGAGUUUUCACUGAUUUAUUUUAACAUACAUACAAAUAUAAAAAAUAUACAUAUAAAAAUACAUAAAUACAUACUACAUACGUAUAUGUCUAGCUUAAAUUAAGUAAAUAAUUAAAAAAAGAGCCAAAUGUUAUAAAGACAUUAAAUAAAUCAAUCAAUCGUUCAAUACAAUACAUAAUUCAGCAUUAAUCGAUUUAUCUGUCAGACAUUCAAAACAUUAUUCAUCAACUACAUCCUCAGCAGUGUUGGACUAAUAAUCUAAUUGGUAUUUAUCUUUUUGUUUAAGGUACAUUUCCUAUUUAUUAAUACUAUAUUAUUUUUAUUCAAAACAUUAUAAAAUUGGAACUUGUUUAAUUAUAUGUAUUAUUUAUGGAUGGGCCACAGUUGCCGAUGUUGUAAUUGUAAAGAAAUUUCGGUUUUUAUGUGUAUUAGAAAAUAAAUAAACGUUUUAUCAUUCGUAUUUCGUAAAUUAUAAAAUAAA